AUGGCUCUGCAUGGCGAUGUGGACACAAACGCCGUGGCGACGCCGCCACGCAUCCGAGGGAGUGAAGCACGAACGGCGGAGAAGGACACGAGACGCCAGCGCGCUGAUGGUGAUGAGUUCCUUUGUCUUGGCGGUGAUGCUGCUUCCGACGGCAUCAGAAACAACGUGGACGCCGACAAGGACGCCCAGCUCGAGGACAUCGAGCAAGCCAAGGCAGACAUGGCGACUUCCGUGCAGCGCACAAUCGGCACCCUUGUCCGAGCGGCCACCCGCGCAGCCUGCGCUAGUGUCUGUCCCGACAAGCGGCUCUUCGGCGGCAAGAUAAAGGGCUGCAUCAGCGUGGACGGGUCUUCGACCAUCUCUGUCGCGCCAAGUCCGAGCAACGAGCCCCCGACAGCCAAGCGGGCAAAGGAAAGCACCAUCUCUGUCGCGCCAAGCCCGAACAACGAGCCCCCGACAGUCAAGCGGGCAAAGGCAAACAUCAUCAAGGUUGGCCUGGGCAAAGGCAGACUCAUGGAGAGUAGCGAGAGGACAUCGAAGGGUACGGCCUACUCUGACAGCGGCCUAUUCGCGCGCGCCGUGGGGCGCUCUGGCAAGACCGAGAAGUGGAGCUACCUGUUCCGCAGGGGCUCCUCGAGCCGCUUCAAGCCAGCGGACACGGGGAGCAUGAAGGGCGACGACAGGAAGAUCUCCGUGAGCAACGACGGCGUCGAGGUGUUCCCUCGCGGGUUGAAUAGGAUCAAGGCGGGCGAGCCGAACACGCUGCGAACCACGCGGUUCACGCUCUUGACUUGGAUCCCGCUCAGCCUGAUGCACCAGUUUAGGCGCGUGGCGAAUGUCUAUUUCCUCUUCAUCUGCGUAAUCGUUGUCUUCCCGUGGUCCCCGAAGACGUGGCACAGCAAGCUGGGCCCGUUCUUCCUCGUGCUGCUGUGGACCGCGUGCAAGGACCUGUACGAGGACCUGCGCAGGCGCCGCGACGACAGAGCCGAGAAUUCCCAGGUCGUGCGGCGCCUUGUCAAAGGGAAGAACGGCGCCCAGGACAGGUUCGAGGACAUCACGUGGAAUAAGGUGCUCGUGGGGGACGUGCUGUUCAUCAUGAAGGAUGACCCAUUCCCUGCAGACACCCUCCUGCUGCACCCUGCAGGAGGGACCGAGUGCUUCAUAUCCACGGUGAUGCUGGACGGCGAGACGAGCCUGAAAGAGCGAAGCGCGCCCAGCGUCUUCGAAGCGAUCAGCCGCGAGUGCGGCAACCAGAGCGGCAAGUGGCUCACGAUGCAGGCCGAGGCGGAAACGUGGGCUGCCGAACCCAAGGGCGUGGAGGACGGAGCAGACGGUCGCAAGGACUCUGACCGCAUAACCACCAUGACCCCCCGCACCCGCAUCCGUGACACGACCGCGACUGCCGGCACAGUGUUGGAGGAAGUCGGCCGCGACUUCACGGAGCUGGAGGCCGAGAUCCACGGGUACCUUUCUAUGAUCAGCACGCUCGGCUUGGACGUCAAGCUAGCAGCUCCCACGCCCACCCUCCACGACGUCCGCGGCGCGGUCCACAUGAUGGGCGAGGAUGAUGUUUCCUCCAGCGCGACCAACGUGUGCCCGUUCGGGGAGAUCAACUUCCUGCCUCGCGGGUGCAUCCUGAGGAACACCCCCUGGGUGAUCGGGAUCGCGGGCUACGUGGGGGACGACACAAAGGUGCGCAUGAACGCGAUAGGGGCCGCGUGA